AUGUCAAAGCUCUACGGGGUGCCCCAAAAUCAUCGUGUGAUUUUGGAGGAGCUCGGCGAAAUCGAGGAUCAGCUCGAGGCAGAGACCUCACAGCAGCUGACCGGUUCUAAUUACUUCUUCUACUACGGCACUGUUGUGUUCAAUGGAGCCGGUAUCAAAAACACCUACACACAGAUGAUCCUUGGCGUUGUCAAUUUCGGCACGACAUUCGGUCUGUAUGUCACCGAGCACUUCGGGCGUCGCAAGUCACUCAUCACUUGGGGCAUUUGGAUCUUCGUAUGUUUUAUGGUCUUCGCCUCUGUCGGGCAUUUCUCCUUAAAUGUCCAUGAUUUUCCUCAGAAGCCUGGUGCCGGAAAGGCAAUGGUGGUGUUCGCAUGCUUGCUUAUCACGUGA